AUGGUGGAAUCAGAGAGGUUAAAAUUCUUUAGGUGUAAACAACCACAGUUGAGGGUUGAUAAAUACAAAUGUCUGCAUGAAAGUCUUAUAAACGGGGAUGUAGAUGCUGCAAGGCUUGGCAAAAGAAUCAUUCUUCCUAGUACUUUUACCGGUAGACCUAGAUACGCAGGAUAUUCUAGUUAUUUUAUCACCAUGACCUUUAACCCUGAAUGGGAUGAGAUAGAAAGAGAAGUGACUCUCAUUGGAUUGAAGACAAAAGACCGUCCUGAUAUAUUGUGUCGAGUUUUCAAGAUCAAGCUUGAUGAUUUGAUUGAUGACCUAAAAGAGGGAAAAAUCUUUGGCAAAAUUUUGGGAUACGUUUGCACUGUAGAGUUUCAAAAGAGAGGGCUUCCGCAUGCACAUAUCAUUUUAUUCAUGAAUAACGAGUUCAAGCCACAAACACCAGAUGACAUAGACAAACAUAUAACAGCUGAGAUUCCUGAUGAAAAUGAAAGGCCAAAUCUAUAUGGAGCUGUUCAAAAUUACAUGGUACAUGGUCCAUGUGGUCCGUACAACAAGAAUUCACCUUGCAUGAAGAAUGGAUCCUGUUCAAAGUUCUAUCCUAAAGAGUUUAGACAGCAAACACUCAUUGACGAGGCUGGAUUUCUCAAAUAUAGGCGUACUGAUAACGGUCGAACAGUGAAGAAAAGGAAAUGUGUACUAGAUAAUAAGUUCAUUGUUCCAUAUAAUCCAGAAUUGUUACUCAAGUUCGGAUGCCACAUAAAUGUGGAAUACACAUGCCAAACAAGUUCUAUUAAGUAUCUGUUUAAGUAUUCUGGCGUCUUGGAACCUUUUAUGAUUAGACUUCCAUUCCAUUUGGAGGAUGAGCAACCUGUGGUUUAUGGUGAAACUUCUAAUGUGAAUGAUAUCGUCGAAAGAGCAAUAUCUCAUAAGUCCAUAUUUUUGGGAUGGAUGACGGCAAACAUGUCAUAUCCCUAUGCUCGAAGUCUGACUUAUGCUGAGUUUCCAACCAAGUUUGUUUGGAAGGAAGAUUCUUCAAAGUGGUUUCCUCGAAAGAAAGGCUUCGCAAUUGGAAGGUUGACUCAUGUACCUGCAGGAUCAUAUGUUAGGAGGUUAUUUGUCAUUCUAUUAACAUCCAACAAUAUCUCAAGACCAGAACAUGUCUGGGAUAGAUGUUGGCAUGAACUCUCAGAUGAUAUUUUGUAUCGACAAAGAGCCGUGAUGAACAUGAGAGAGUUAACAAUGUCAGAUGAUGAGAUUAAGCAGUUGUGCUUAAUAGAUAUAGACAAUAUCUUACAUUCUUAUGUUGAUAGUUCUUUGUUAACUGAAAGGGUUAUUAGGGAAGAGCUAAACUUUAAUAGGGAUAAUUUAAAGAAAAAUGCCUCAGACAUGGGUUUUUUCUUUGUGUAUGGUCAUGGGGGUACUGGAAAAACAUUUCUCUGGAACCUUAUGUCUGCUGAGAUUCGCUCAAGGGGUGAUAUAGUGUUAAACGUUGCUUCGAGUGGUAUUGCAUCUUUACUUCUUCCCAAUGGAAGAACGGCACACUCAAGGUUCAAAAUACCGCUGAAUAUAACUGAGGAUUUUGUAUGUAACAUCAAAUCUGGUUCCCCUCAAGCAAUGUUGCUGUUGAAAGCCAAAUUUAUAAUUUGGGAUGAGGCUCCAAUGGUGCUCAAACUAACAAAAAAUAUGAGACUCUCUGCAGGGACGACUACUUCAGAUCAAGAUGAGAUAGAGCAAUUUGGUGAGUGGUUAUUGAAAGUUGGUGAUGGUCUAAUAGGUGACAAUAUGGAUGGUGAAUCUGAGAUAUGUCUUCCAGGAGAUAUUGUUAUUCCUUCUUCGGACCAGACGAUCGUUGAAGAGGUCAACAACCAUCUGAUGGCUAUCAUUCCUGGAGGGAAAAAAUUAUAUCUUAGUUCAGAUUCCAUUUGUAUAGAUGAAGGGAAUAUGGAGAGUCAACUAGAUCUCUAUGGUCCUGAAUUACUGAAUAGCAUAAAUUGUUCUGGUUUGCCUCCACAUAAAUUAAUACUCAAGGUUGGUGUUCCGGUGAUGUUACUGAGGAAUAUUGACCAAUCCAGUGGUCUUUGUAAUGGUACAAGGCUACAAGUUACGAAGCUUGAAAAUCAUGUCAUAGAAUGUGAAGUCUUAACAGGUAACAAUGUUGGUCAUAUUGCUUUGAUUCCAAGAAUGAAUAUGGUACCAACAAAUGAAACCAUCUCAUUUUUACACAUGGCCAACUAUAUGUGGCACUUUCAAGAGUUAAGAGUAAGAGAGAUUUAA